AAAAUCAUGAGUAACAAAACUUCAAAUUCUAGAGAAAACGAUUCUAAAAAUACCAAUAUAAAUAAUGACUCAAAAAAUACCAAUAGAUUGAUAAUAGAAAAUAGAUUAAGAAUUAGAACUUCCGAUGGAAAAGCUUAUGAAGUUGAUAGAUGGUGUCCACAUUCCAAUUCAGAUUUAGCUUCAAGGGGAGUUAUCCUCGGUUCAAAACUUAUUUGUACAAAACAUAACUGGGCUUUUUCUCUGGAUCAAGGUGGGAAAUGUACAUCUGCUGACGCAACAAUUAACGCUUGUUUAAUUAACGAUUGGUAAUGAUAUCGUCAUAUAAAAACAUAUAAGAAUAUAUAUAUUUAUUUAUUGAAAAUCAUUUAUAUUGUUAUAAAUAACAAAAAUGUACAACAUUCCAAAUGUAACAUGUAACGUAGUCUUUCCCGGGUUAUAUUUAAAAUAGUGCUGAUUGUUCUAAAUUUGUGAUGCCAUUAUGCCAAGUGACGCAAAAAAAAAAAAUAUAUGAAAACCCGAAUUUGGUAUAUUUCAAAAUCAAUAUAAACUUACGGAAAAUUGACGUAAAAUCAUUUGAAUGUUUAUGCAGUGUG